AAAUCAAUUUAAAUAAUAACAAAUGAAGUAAACUCCAAAACCAAACCACUUCCUUCUACGUCUCCAUUCACAGUUCCUGUUCCUCCUCGUUGUUUUCAGAAAACUAAGCUCCAAAUCCAAUUCCAUAUUCAUUAUUCAACAGAUAAAAUAGUAAGAAGGUGUUCCCUGCUGACACAACUGUAAAACUCUUGUCAUCAUAUGGGUGUGUUUAAUUUUUCAUCUUUCAGUGGAUAUUCAUGAAAAAAAUAGCAGUGCUCUUUUUCAAGAUUCAACAAUAGCUUAGGCUGCAUAUUGAUAUUUGCUUUGAUCCCUCAAAAGGAGCAAAAUUCAUGGCACCCUCAGUUUUUUUCCUUCUUUUGUUCCUUCUGUUCAUUCCAAUCACUGCCAGUGGUGAUCUCCAACAUCAUGAAGAGGGUUUCAUCUCUUUGGUCAUCUCUGAUAAGGGCCUCGAUUUUGCCAAGGAUUUUGUGAUAGAGCAGGCUAUUGCCUCUAUUGUUCACUCUCAACUGCCACCAAUUGAGAAAUCUGUCCAAGUCCCACUUAUUGGAAAGGCCAAAGUGGUUCUUUCUGAGAUCACAAUCAAUGAUAUCCAAGUAAAUUCUUCAUCUGUUAAAACAGGAGAAACAGGCAUUGCUCUAGUUGUUUCAGGUGCCACUGUCAAUUUGAGUUUGAAGUGGAGGUACACUUGCAGCAGUUGGUUAGUCCCAAUUGGAAUUUCGGAUAGUGGGACCGCCACUGUGAAGGUUAAAGAUUUGCAAGUGGGACUUACUGUAAAUUUAAGGAACCAAGAAGGAAGUCUUAAGUUGAUUCUCCUGGAUUAUGGAUGUCAUGUUGGAGAUAUAUAUAUAAAGUUGAACGGUGGAGCAGCUUGGCUUUACCAAGUGCUAGUGGAUGCUUUUGAAGGAAAUAUAGCAUCUUCAGUUGAAGAGGCAAUUUCUGAGAAAAUAAAAGAGGGGAUAGCAACACUUGAAUACUUACUGCAAUCUCUUCCGAGGACAAUCUCUUUAGAUGAAACUGCUGUUCUAAAUAUUUCUUUUGUGGACGAUCCUGUGCUGAGUGAUUCUUCUAUUGAAUUUGAACUUAAUGGUUUAUUCACAGCAAGAAAUGAAGUUUUAGUAACUCAACGUCAUCGCAGAGGAUCAUGUGGUGGAAGUUCACCAAAGAUGAUAAAGAUUUCAUUACAUGAAAGUGUUUUCAAAUCUGGUUCCUUGGUUUACUUCUCUGCAGAUAGUAUGCAAUGGAUUGUUGAUGAACUACCUGAUCAGGCCCUUUUGAACACUGCUGAAUGGAGAUUCCUUAUUCCUCAAUUAUUCAAGCAAUAUCCAAAUGAUGACAUGAAUCUUUUUAUCUAUGUAUCUUCUCCACCGAUUAUACAAGUGACGAACAAAGAUAUCGGUGUAACCCUUUCCAUAGAUAUAAUAAUCAAUGUUCUUGAAGCCAGUGAAGUCAUACCUGUUGCAUGCAUCUCAGUGGAUUUUAGUGCCUCAUGUGCUGCAGAAAUUGUAGGAAACAAUCUUGCUGGUUGGCUUAAGUUAAGAAAGUUUUCCACAUACUUGAAAUGGAGCAAAAUAGGGAAGCUACACAUGCAUCUUAUUCAGUCAGUGACAUCAAGUGUCCUCAAAACUGUCCUCAUACCAUACCUCAACUCACAGUUAAAGAGGGGAAUUCCAUUGCCAAUUCUUAACGGUUUUGCUCUUGAUAGUGCUCAUAUAUUGUACACUCCACCGUGGAUUACAGUGUGUAGUGAUGUUUCCUUCUUAGGAGACUACUACCUCAAACAGCUACCUGCUUAUGCUUAUGCAUCAUAAACAUGUUCUCAGAAAUUUGUCUGCUAUGUGUACCUAUGGUAUGGCUGUGAAGAGUGAGUGUCACACGUGUACCUAUUUUGUGUAUUUCAUCUCUUUGCUUUGGAUUUUUCCUAGUGUAAAUUAUGCUGUCAUGAACAUUACUCUUGAGAAAAUUUCCAAUAUUCAAACCUCCUUCCUCAAAUGUCCUUCAAGCUCUUUAUUAUUUUAAUCUGAGAUUGAUAUUUUUAUUU